AAUAAUUUCUACGGUAUAUAGCAUGGAAUAAUGUUUCCUAACACGAUAUUGAAAGUUACAUACGGAAUAAUUUCUCCCUGCUUCGACAGCCGCCUCUUCUUAUUCCCAUUCCCAAUCGGGCAACGCAACUUGUUCCCGGCUUUGCCAACUGAAACCCUAAAUUCUACAGUGUAUGUGAUCGCAGCCUCCGGCGACCACGAUGCCUGUCUUUCUUUCAGAGGAAGAGUUUAGUCUCAUAUCUAACGACGCCGUAACAGUAGCGGAAAGGGCCGACUCCUUCAUUCGCGAUCUCCGUCAGCAACUCGACUUCGUCCGGGCAGAGGCCGAUGCCAAAUCGAUUGCCGAAGAGCAGAACUGCGCUCUUCUCGAGCAGAAAUAUGAAGCGCUGUACUCAGAGUUCACGAGGCUGCAGUACGAGAACGCUCAGCUGUCUGCAUCCACCAAAAAGAGUCUCUCAGAGCUCGCGGACGCGCAGGCUGAGAAACACCAGCUUCAUAUUAAGGCGAUUGGUAAGGAUGGAGAGAUAGAGAAACUCUCGCUGGAGGUAGCAGAGCUCCACGUAUCAAAGCGGCAGCUUCUGGAGUUGGUGAAUCAGAAGGAUGCGGAGAUUAGAGAGAGAAAUAGUACCAUUCAAAUCUACGUUGAUAAAAUCAUCCAUUUGUCAGAGAAUAGUUCAUCAAGGGAAUCUAAACUAAAUGAGAUUGAGACAGAGUUGACGCGUUGCCAAGCUAUUUGUACUCACCUAACUAAGGAAAAAGAGCUACUUGAGAAACAAAAUGUGUGGCUUGAUGAGGAGCUAACGAGAAAAGCUAACAGCCUUUUUGAGUUGCGUAGAACACAAAUGGAUGCUGAAUCAGAUGCGUCUAGCAAAAUUGCUGAUCUAGAGAGGCAGGUCAAGGAAUACUCCAUUUCACUUAACCACAGUAAGGAAAGAGCAAAGGACCUCGAGCUAAGAGUCAAAUCGUUGGAAGAGGACUUGCGUUCAUCUAAGGAUAUUUCUGCUACUCAUGAAGAGCACUUUAAUGCUGAACUUUCAACUGUUAAUAAGCUUGUUGAAUUAUACAAAGCAAGUUCGGAGGAAUGGUCCAAAAAGGCUGGUGAGCUCGACGGUGUCAUCAAAGCACUUGAGACACAUCUCAGUCAAGUUGAAGAUGACUAUAAAGAGAAAUUGGACAAGGAAGCAUCAUUGAGAAAAGAUCUUGAGAUUGUAAAAUGAGAUAAGUGCUUAGGG